ACAUUGACUUUUACAGUCUUUUAAAAACAAAUUAACUCCUCGGUUUUAAUUUUGACAUCAUCCCCACAUCUCUGGAGAGGAGGCCGAGUGCACUUUUGACCGUGAUUCAUAUUUAAAAUUGGUCACACAAGAACAAAAGUAUUAAUAUGUCAUUUUUUAUUCCUUACAGAACUCCUUCUCGGCACUCUACGGACGCACCAAAAAGCUGCUUGCGACGAAGAUAUGGUUACCCUGAUAUGUCCAAGAGGGACUACCAUCAGCAUCCAGGUGGCGCAGUAUGGGGCCUCGGCGUCACAGAGCUCCUGCACUUCAGAGCUGGCGGAAUACCAGCCAGUAGCCGUGGAAGUCGUUGGAGACACGUCUUGCACGUGGCCGAGUGCUUUGCAGUACUCCUUGUUACAGACGGUGGUGGAGGCGUGUCAGAAGAAAAGGACGUGUAAGUUCCACACCAGCCCUAAGGCCUUCGGGGUGGACCCGUGUCCAGGGUCCAGGAGGUUCGUGGAGGUCGCCUACAAGUGUCGUCCAUAUGAAUUCCGCAGUAAAGUGGGGUGCGAAAACGAUGUUCUCCACCUGAGCUGUAACCCUCACUCCAGGGUGGCCAUAUACUCAGCUCAGUACGGCAGGACAGAGUACUCCAUACAGUGCCCACAGCCACGAGGAAUUAAAGAGGAGACGUGCCUGGAGCCGUACGCGACAGAAACAGCCAUGAGGGAGUGCCACGGGAAACGCCGCUGCGUGCUAUCAGCUGACAGCCAGAUGUUCGGCAAGCCCUGCCGGCCUGGAAGCAGAACCUACCUCAAAGUCGUAUACACUUGUGUGCCAAGGACAGUACUUAAGGAGAGGUAUGAAAGUGCUCCUGAAGAAGACGAAGCUGCUCACGAUGUAUCUGAUCUUGAUCACGAUGAAGUCGACGAUUCUGGUGACCGUUGGUGGGUGGAGUCUGCCGUACCUCCAGCGCCAGCUGUGGCUGCGGUGCCUCCCCAGAGACCUUCCAUGUCCACCAGUGUCAAUGUCAGCAGUACCAGAGAUGUGCCAUUGGCGUCACCACCCAAACACCAUUUGGCUAAAGAUGAUCAAUUUGACAUCAUGUACCUAUACAUCAUCGCUGCGGUGUCGCUGGCCAUCGUGCUGUGCAUCAUCGUAGCCAUCGUUCGUUGUGUGAUGCGCAAACAAAGCAACGAACAGCCCAAAGGUCCAGAUGUGUCAGCCACCACCGAAAUCCCCAACGGUUUCAACGACAGCAUAUCAGAGGUCGACAACGACAUCAACAUCACUAGUCUGUCUGGUCCAGUUGACACAGUGGACUCAGGAAUGAAGCCAGAAAUCCAAUUCACAAAUGUAGCCCUCAGUCCCAAGAUAAAUCGUUAUGUUGGCCGUCCUGUGCCUAAUACUUACCCCCACGUAAGCACCAACAUGUACGGACAAGUUGCAGAAUACCCCAUAGAAAUGCCCCUGCGAACAAUGCCACACGGGACCCUGGGUCGAGGAGUAGCCGUAAAGACACUCCCUCGAGUUCAAAUGCAAAAUGAAACAGACCCUAACACAAGGAGUUUAUAUCGAUAUUCCAAUGCGCAAUACUACUUCGGGUGACAAGAGCAGAAAGGUCAGUGUUCAGACGUAUCCAGGACUUAUUGUUUCUAGAUAGUAGAAGUGUAAAUAGUUCACAAGACUAGGAGUCGUAUUGUCCUACUUUUAAACAUGGAAACUGUGAUAUUAAUUGAAACUUUCCUAUUGUACUGCUGACAGUUUUAAAACUUCGGACUCGGAGAGGCACUGUAUUUAAUUAUAUUCAGUCUGAAAAUCUAGAUCAGGUAAAAAUAGAUUAAUCUUUUCAACUUUAAUGGCUGUUGAGUGUUUAAUGAAUUUUACUUUGUAAAUUAAAUAUUUUGUUAGAUCCAUAAUUAGUUUUGAUGUUUAUAUUAUAUUUACAAUUUUCACAUAGAAUUUAACUUUACUAACACUCAUCAAGCAAUGAGUAGACAAAAGCCGUAUAGUACACCAAAAUAUAAUCAAUGUCACAUAUAUUGAGUCCAUAAUACAAACUAUAUUCCAAUACAAUGUCAAGAAUCGAUGAAUAGUGAAUUUUACAAUCGUAAAAUGAAACUUGUAACCGUUGAAUGUUCUUGGAAAGUUACGUCACUUUUGCCACGAAAGUUACGCUCGUUGCGGAUCAUUUUGCAAAUUGUUCAGACUCUGCGAAAUAUUAUAUUAAUGAAUGUAUUUCACAUAAUUUGUUCGACGCGUAGAAGGAAGAUCAAAAGUAAUAUAUAUACGUAUAUACUACUAUCGCCUGAUUUAUAUAACAGAAGGCUGCAACUUACUCUCGCUACAGUAUACAUCUAGUUUUUUAACAUACAUUACAUUUAGUAAUUUGACAGUUAUCGUUUUUUUUACAAUUAUACGUAUAAUCACGUCUAUAUCCUUUGCGGGGUAGACAGGCCAGCAAUCUUAAAAAGAUUUAGGUCACAUUGUUGAGCUUAGUUAUAGAAUUCAGAUUCAAAUAGAGACAGGUUGCUAGCCCAUCGCCUACAAGAGGAAUCCCAAGUUUAUAAGCCUAUCCCUUAGCCGCUUUUUCAUCAUCCAUGGGAUAGAGAUGGAGUGAUAUAUUCUUUUACCAA